AUGGCAUAUGGGUCAGAGGACGGCAGUGGUCUUAAGCUCAUUAUGAUCCCGGAGCAGUGCGUUUUUCAAUCCGACAUUAGACUACCAAUUGUGCUGAAAGCAAAAACUGUCUUGGAACAUAGGGGCAGUGUUAUGCACUCUUUCCCUGAUACGAGCUAUGUGGCCCAGCAGGAUACCAGCAACCCAGCGUCUUUUUGGGAUGCAGACCAUCCCAUUGCACAAGUGAUGAUUAAUAUGACAAAAGUUGUAACUGGUAAACAGCCGGAGGCAAACCCCGGGAUUGCCCUACUGACUGUAAAUUUGGCACUAUAA